UCACUACCUCGAAUCUGUAAACACGUAGUAAACGGAAAGUCAAGCCUUGUGUGGAAAAAAUUCCACUAAUUUAACGAAAGUAGAGCCAAUUGUGGCUGUGAAAGUAAAAUCUGUUUAUCUGCAUCUAGGGGGCGCUACCUUUGCAUCCGUUAAAUCCACUAAAUCCGUAAAAUCCAUUUGUCAGUCGGACCCGAAGUUGUGGAUGCCCCUGAGCGCGGUGGGAGGUGGUGGGUGGAUGUGAGUGCAGAGUAUCUAGUAUCUGUUCAAGUAACAGUUGCAGUUCGACCACCGCCAAGUGGAGGUGUGAUGGUUUCAAGAGAUCGUACCUGAUAUGGAUGACACGGAAUUCAUGUUCAACGAGAAGCAAUCAAUUCGCGACUCCUCGCGCACCCUGAAGCGGUACGGAAGCACCUGCUGCAACAGCCUGCGGAACAACGAGACCCUCAUCCAGCAUAUUGUCGAGAAGACGGACACUCUUCAGGGCAUCGCCCUCAAGUACGGAUGCACGACAGAGCAAAUACGCCGCGCCAACCGGCUCUUCGCCUCGGACAGCCUGUUCUUGCGUCAGUUUCUGCUGGUGCCGGUGGAGAAGAACUCACCGUAUUAUCCCCAGGUGGGCAGUGAUCCGCUGACAGCCUUCGACGCCGUUUUGGCCACACCGCCCGGCACUCCGGACUCGAACGGACAACGGGAGGCGCACAACAACGCCAACAAUCUGAGUCAGGCAGCCAACAUUUACAAUAGCAGUGGGAACAGCAGUAGCGAAAACAGCAACAGCGGGAGCAGCAGCAGUUGCAACACCAGCGGCAGCUCCUCAGGAGGUCCAGGACCCCGUUCCAGCGGCAGCCAGCAGAAUCAACGGCCGUACUCCAUUGCUGGGGAGCUGCUGGUAGUGCAGGCUGGAGAUGAGGAUCCUGCCAUGAUAAACAGCCAAGGUGGCUGCAACGGAAAGCAGAGCAAGAGCCUGGACUCAGUGGCGGCCAUGACGCCCGAGGAGGAGAAUCGGAAGUGCAUGAAUGACUUCCUCAACAAGAUAGACAACACCAUAUCCGAGUCGCGGAAAUAUGUAGAGCGCUCUAAAGAUUUGGUUACCAGCCAGAGCGACGCUGACAUUUGCAUCAGUGCUAGCGCAGAUAUUUUUCCGCAGCGCCGCCACCCGCUGAACAACUCGUACAAGACCAACAACAACGACCGUCCGGCGCAGUUCCAGCGGCUUAGUUCGAACGGAAGCGGAACCUCCAAUUCAGAUACGGCGCACCUUCUUAACACGACGCAGACGCGCCGGGUGCAGAACUCGCUGAAGCGACUGGAAAAGCAGCAGGACGACUUCUUUGAAUUGUAGCACGCGAUCUAGCCUAAUUACGUUGCGAGAGUUAAUUUUACAAGUUGUUUUUAAUUGCUGCGCAUCGGAGACUUGCAUGUUGCACUCUUAAUGUAAAAUAUAUAUAAAAGUAAUGAUAUCUAAAUCGACACGUAUGCGAUACCUUACCUAUACGAUAAAACGUAACUGUAACUGAGCUAAAACGUAAACUAAAGCCUAAUUCCUAAACUAAGCGCUGCGCUAUACAAUAUAUUAUAUAUGUAAACCAGUAGAACGAUGACAAGGCAGCCCAGUUCCCCCUUCUGUUGAUCUUGUGUCAGCCUUAUAUAUAAUUGCCGACGAUUUGCUUGCAAGAUCCAACCGAUCCAGAAGCUCAUGUCCUUCUGUCCGCCCCUCCUGCCCAACAUUAUGUUUACUUUUUGUACGACUCUAGCUUUAAUCGCAUUGUGUAUAAUUUAGUUAUGAGAAUUAUUAAUCUUAAUUGUAUAUAGUCGCUAGCAACACAACAAUUCACUGGACUGCUGCCCUGACCGCUAACACGAAAUUGGCCAAUUGUUGACGUGUAUUUCUAAUUUAUUUGUUACCCUUCCAAAGUAUUAAACAACAUUUGAGAAUAA